ACCGGUUCAUUCCGCCAUCGGCGCCCGCGACGUACGGACGUAGAUAGACGCGAGUACGAUUCUUGUUUGGGCGGACAACGUGAAGAAACGGACGACCUUUGUAUACCGCGUUAUAAAACAAAACACACGCAUCGAAUCGAACGCGUAAUUUAUCGGUUAUAAAUACGGGUGUUUUGAGCGUGAUACAUAUUCGUAGCGUGUGAAAUCAGUGCGACGGAUAUCAGUGAAAAUCCAGAGAGAGAAGAGCAUCGAUUGUCCUUUGUGUGAUCGUCGUUACUCGGCUUUUUGUUCCUCGGGACGCCACCGCGACGUGUCGUGCUGAGGGCUCGAACGAGUGAGAGUCUCAUCAUAAGCUCGAGGUCCAAUUGCAAACAUCAUCGUGUUAUACCUGCGCGUCCCUCUCACAAAGUGCGGCUCAUCGAAGGUCUCGCUGUCUCAUAGCGGUUGAGAGACGUGGAAUGAUAUUUCGUCGAAUUGAAGGUGCAGCCAAGCUCGGUAGGCAACGACGUGACACGCGAACCAAAUAUUUGAUACGUUAGGUAAGAAGUAUGCUGCAUAUCGUCAAAGUUGAAAAAAAAAUCGAUUUAACGGAAUAUUCGCAGUGUAACAGUUUCGCGCGUUAUUUGUCCGAUUUUUUAUAAAGUGCAAGAAUAAUCAGUUCGUUGAAUCCUUGAAAUUUGAGGUUGUGACACAGUUGUGCUUCGGUGACUAAAGAAAUCGAUAGAUCGUAAAUCGAUAGGUGAGACACGACCGAAGUAAUACAGUCGCUGGUGUUGAUUCUUUAUGCGACGUUUAUAUGUGUGUUCAUUUAUUCCAUAUACGAUAGGAAAAGUGCAAGCAAGAUAAAAGAUUAGAUGCAAUACGACACAUGAGGAGCAAAUUCAUUUAGGAGUUGGAGCGACCGAAGGGAGUCCUUAAGAGGUUCCUGCGCGAUGUCGACGUCAUACAGGGUGUGAUGGGGCCUCGUGGAGUCGGCUUUUACUAUGAGUUGAGGUCCUGUAAUUAAUCGGGACUGGCAUGGAGAAGGAGAACUCCGCAUCGGGCGGAGGUGGCGGGGGCGGUGGAGGUGGCGGAGGCGAAGCGGCGGCCACGGCGACUCCAGGCGCCACCUCCGCCUCCGAGAAACUCCAGGCGGACCAGGCCAAUCCGUUGCUCGAUCCAACUGCGCUCUUCGGCGCGUAUUGGCCCCGGAGCGACAGUGCAGCCUCGUCGCUUUUCGGCGGUAUGCCGGGCGGAUAUGGAUUGGGGGCCCACCAUUUACCAUCGGCUUACGCUAUCCUGGGCCGUGGAGGUUCUGCUCCCGGAUUCGGGGGUCACACACCGGCUUCCGCUCCACCGCCACCCCCUUACUCCCACAGCAGCCUUGGUACCCUGAGCGUGGCUGCCAGUCAGGCUGCGAGUUUAGGUAUAAAUCCCGCGAGUGCAGCAUGGUGGACGAUGGCCUCACACUUGGCGGCACAGGACUACCUCGCGAGGUUGCAAGGAGCGGCAGGAUUGCCCGGAUUUCCGCCCGGCGCCGAGAGCCUCCUGCCACCCUAUCCUGCCUCGCUACUUAAUCCCCCGUCCUUGUCGUCCCACAAGUCCAGUAAGUCUAAGUCAAGCAAGAGUCACAAGACUCCCGCGAGCAGUAGCAGCUCGACGACGCCAAGUAUGACGAGCAGCAGUUUACCGGUCUCGACCCAGGCGCCGGUCACGUCCUCUCAUCACAGCACGUCGGCGAGCACCACGCCGAAUUCGCAAACGAACGUUGUCAGUUCUGCGAAAGAGGGCAGCGAUCCUAGCAGUAUAUUAGGAGGUGUACGCCUGCCACCCGAUACAGAGAUUAUCAAAUACACGUCGAGCAUAGUCGGUCCAAAGGUUCCUGGCACAACGAACCGUGGUAGAAAGAAGACCAUAUCCUUGGACACGCCGAGCGUGAGCGUACACCCGCCUCCCGUACCCGCUCUCACCGCUCAUCAAACGAACACGACGAGCACGUCACUGAUGAUGGAGCCGAGAAAGUAUAAUCGCACGGGGAGCGAGUCGAACGAUUACAGGGAGUCGGUGGAUCGCGUGGAGGUGAUCAAAUUGCCGGCACAUUCGACGAACGGCUCCGUUCUACCGGCACCGUCGUCCUACACGUCCUCCACCACCACCAACACCAGCAACUCGAACGAUUCGGACGCGCCGCUCAACCUCUCGUUGAAACCGGCGACGACCAGCAGUAAUUCGCCGAUUUCCGGCAGCCAGCCGCUCAGCCAGCUCAGUAAUUUAAGUCAGUCGUUGCUCGCCUCCGAUCGAACUUCGAGAAGGAAGCCAGGGCCGAAGCCACGAAGGGUGCCGCAGAACUCGGUGCCGGUGCCAGCAUCCCCGAGCCCUUCGUUGGCGCAGUUGUUCGCCGCCGCCGAUUCACCGCAACGGCCGAGCAGCGGGAGCGAGGAGAGCGAGAGCGCGAGCACGACCCACCACAAGGACGGCCGGCCAAGGAACCUGGGUCGCGGCGUUUCGAAACCGAAGAAGAACACGGUGGCCUCGUUGCUCGCUCAGAGUAGAGCCCUGGGGAUCAAACCGACGCCCACGUUGGACCCCAGCGUGCCAUUGUCUCAUCAGGUCUCUUUACUGAGGUCCAAUAUUCUGGCUGCUCAAUUGCACGCUACCGCGACCGGUCAAACUGGUCAGACAGAUGACAAGAAUCAGCGGUCUUUGCAGGAGAAGAUGAAGAACAAGUUGCUCGAGGUGUCCGGCGAGGAGAGCAACAUGGACGUGACGAGCGAAAGCGGUAGCAACACCGAUGUUGUGACGGAUACCGACGACGACAACACGGAUGGCGUAUCGAGCGCGAAGAGAAGAAAGGUGAAACCCAGCGAGAGGGAUCUCCAGGUGCCUCUGGAACGCGGUUGGAAGCGGGAGACCGUCAUCAAGGGAUUGGGCAAGUCGGGAGUGAUAAAGGGUGACGUGUCUUAUUACAGUCCUUGCGGAAAGACGUUCAGAAGCAGUCCGGACUUGGCCAAGAAUUGGCUGUUUCAGUUUCUGGAACAACAGAAUCCGCCCGAGUUGACCACCGCCAAUUUUUCGUUCUCCUCUCGUCCACUGGUGGGCGAGUUUCUUCAACCGACGAUGGGCCUCGCGGAGGCGGAAUUCGUCAGGUUGGGCGCUCAAGAAGUGGCGAGAAGGUUGGAGGAGUUGAGAGCAGCGGGUGGUUUCAGGGACUCGAGGACGAAUAACCAAUACGAGAGGGAGAAGUUGGCGUACGCGAAAAAGUUGGCCAAGGAGGAGGCGCAACGGCACAAGGAACAGGCCAGGUUGAUCAAGGAGCAGGAGAAAACUGAGAGACAGGAGGCGGUGAGACGGGAGCGGGAGAUUAGAAAUCAACAGUUGCUCGAGUUGGUUGCGAAGCUCGAAAAAGGCUCAGCCUAUCCUCUUCACAGUGAGACCACGCUAGAAAUCCAACCACCACCUACCACAACCAUCACCACCACUACCACUACCACCACGAUCAUUCACCCAAGUUGCUCAAAACAAUUGUUUACGAACGUCCUCCUCGAACGAAGGACGGGCCACCGUCGAAAAGAGCGACGGGUGUCACUCGCACGCGUACCACCACGUAAUCACGUACCUGCGAUUAACACGAUCGAUUAUUGGGCAUCCCUAAACCUACAAACGCAGGGUCGAAAGCGGCUAGCGUUCACGAUCAAGCAGAAAAUGAAGAUCAUCCAAGAGAUCGAACGCGGUAAGAGCAAGAGCGACGUGGCGCGCGAGCUGGGUCUGGCUAGCAGCACGGUGGCCACCAUCUGGAAGAAUCGGGAGAGCAUCGCGGAGAGCUGGAGGAACCGCGACAUGAUGCAGCAGCACUCGGAUGUCGAGGACCCGGUCGCGAAAAAAACCGGCCUCCCCUCCGCGUCGUCCAAUUUGGCGUCUGUCACGUCGCUGGUAACGAAUAGCACGGUGUUGAACACCGUGAACGCAACCAACAACACCACCACCAGCACCACGUUGCCCACAGCCGUCGUGGUGCCGCCUCCGCAGGUGCAGGUGGUGCCGCCAACACCACCACCACCACCACCACCACCACCGCCACCACCACCACCACCACCACCACUACCACCACCGCCACCAUCACUGCCUCUCCCAUUGCCGACCACCUCCGCAACGGUCGCCCCUCCGUCGACGUCGCAACCCACGCAGCUCUCCACGACGCCAACCUCCAGCACCACGUCCACAGGCACCACCACGACCAACGCCAGCAUCAUGGACAAUACCCAGCAGGCCCAGACCCAGACGCAAAGUCAGGAGCUUCUGGAGGCUCGGAAAAAACGGCAGGAAGAGGUGGAGAAGAUACGACUGGAAGAACAACAACGAAAGCAACAGGAACGCGAGCUGAAGCGGCAGCAGGCAGUUAUGCUGAAAGAACAGAUGUACAUGCAGGAGCUCACCAAGCAGCGCGAGAUGCUCUACACCGUCGAGCUGGAAAGAGAACGAAGGAGGCAGCACAUGGCGUUGGUUCGAGCGUUAGAAAACCGUCGAAAAAUGGAGGAAAGGGAGAAAAAACGAUUGGAGGCGAGAGCCGAAAGAAUAGCAACGAAAGAGAAACGCGCCGAACAGAGGAAGAUGGAGAUGGAACUGGUCGAACAGAUCAGAAAGCCUGUUGAAGACAUGGAACUAACUGAUCAUAGAUCACUGCCAGAACUAAAACGAAUACCUGGUCUGAAAUUAUCCGGCCAAGCGUUUGCAGACAUUGUGAUGGUGUUCGAAUUUCUGCAUAAUUUCGGCGAGACUUUAGGCUUUGAUAUGGAAUCGCUCCCAAGUCUAAAAAGCCUUCAAUUGGCGUUGCUCAAUGACGAGGAAGCGGAGGAAGAGCUUCUGUCCGUGAUGACACAUCUGUUAGUAUGCGCGAUCGAGGAUCCAGGAAUCCCUCAACCAGCGAGACACACGACAGGUCUUGGCCAAAGCCUCCGACAAGCUGACAUAACGCAUGCCAACAUCAGCGAGGUGUUACGAAUCUACUUAUACGCGAACGCGACAGGAGAGGUGAAGGCUCUGACAGGAGUAUGUCUAGAACGGGAACGCGAUAAGAAAUUUGCCGAUCAUCAUCAGAAUGGUGGUGAUUACGCUUCGACCUGUUCGGGCAAAAACGCCCAAUUUUACGAGCAUUUGCAUAACAACGAAACGUGGAGAAUGUCCGAAAGGUUGAGAGACAAACCAUUCCUAGCUUUGAAUCCGACGCACAAGGCACAAAUGCUCGCGUUUCUCUGUAACGAGCUAUUGCAGAACAAGGCUGUGAUCAGACAGAUCGAAGGAAGCUUGGAAACAGUAGCUCAGUUAAGAAAAGAAAGAUUCGUGUUGGACACAAAGAUAAGAAAGUUGAGACAAUUACAUAGUCGAAAGGUACGAAUGGAAGCAGUGGGUGUGAUAGUUAAUAAAACUGGAGACACCAUUACGAUUGAGAAGAAAGAGGGCGAUGAGGAGGGUAACACAUCGUCAACGGCAGUAGGUACGACACCCACUCCUGAUGAGAUUCAUCAUGAAGAUGAAGUUGAAGAUAUGUCCGAAAAUGAGAGUGAAGGAACUCAGCCUGAGGAGGAGGAAGACAAAAAUCUCUCUGGUGAAGAGCUCGGUAAAAAGUUGGAUAAAUUAUUAAAACAGUCAGAAGAACAAUUGCAAAAAUUGAAUAGCUCUUCAAAGCAACUACGAGCCCACAUAUUUGGCCAAGAUAGGUAUUGGAGAAGAUAUUGGGAGUUAGCAUGCGCAGGUGGCAUUUUCGUCGAGGCCAUGGAAAGCGCAGAACCUGAAAUUCUCGAGGUGCAGGCUGAAUUAGACGAAAAGUACAAAGACGUAUCGAUGGAGGAGAAAAGAGAAACAAAACAAGAAGACACCAAAGUCGAAAAUCGUGAGAAUGAAGCUCCUAAUGACGUAAAGAAGGAAAAGAAGUUCAAUUCAAAUGAUCAAGAAGAUAUGAAACCUUUAAUAGAGAAAACGAAAUCUGAAAUUGAAGAUGUUAAUUGUAAGAAAGAGCCUAUGCAAAAUUGUGAAAAUUUGACGAAUGUUAAAGAAGAGAAAAAGAAUGAUUUGGAUAAUUCAAUGGCCGAUGCAAAGACCAAUGUUACAUCCGAAGAGAUUAAACAAGAAACAGAAGUAAUUAAUAUGGAUGUGGAUGUCAAAGAAGAAACAAAAAAAGAAAAUGACGAAACGGAUGAAGAUAUGAAACCAGCGGUGAAGAUAAUGGAAGAUAAAAUUGUUGAAACAAUUCCAAACGGUGAUAAAUUCAAUCAUGUGAAUAAUCUUCAUAAUGGGAAGGAAUUGAAUGGUACCUUUAUUUCUAAUAACAGUAACGAAUCGAAUUGGUUCUCAAUUUUACCUCGGGAAACUUGUGAUACUCCAGGACCAAGUACCAAACAGAUAUUUGGAAUAGCCGAACCAACUGAAUUAAGAAUACCAGUAUUUCCUCCACCGGCUAGUCCAAAUUACGAUAGGUGUGAUAGUCCUGCUCCUUUAAUUUUGACUCAAGACGAAGCAGCGCAACUUGAAUAUUUAAAAGUUCAUGGUUUACCACCUCCUGGAGAAGCUAAACCAGUACCAAAUGAUUUAAGAUAUGGUUGGUGGAGAAUAACAGAUGUCGAUACGUUUCAAGAAUUGCUGGAACAUCUUCAUUCUCGCGGUGUUCGCGAGAAAGAACUAAAACGUACAACGUGGGCGACCAUGGAAUCUUUCUUAGCUGUUACAGGCAAGAUCAAUGUGGAUCCUGGCAAUCUUACUGCUACAGAACUUCAAGCGACACCCGAUGAACCUGAUACGCCAAUUCCAAAACCAGACAAUCCGGCAGUUUGGAGUGAGCAAGUUGCGCUACGCGUAGAUGCGCAAUUAUUGGAACAAGUUGAGGCCCUAGAAGAUAAAGUUGCAAAUGCCAGUAUGCAGGUCAAAGGCUGGAAACUGCCUCCACGGGCAGGAACCGAGGAGGCUGAAGAAAUUGAAAAAUUGAACGAAAUGGAAAAAAUCAGUGCAGUUGAACAAGCACGACAAAGGUUAUUGUCUCUAGAGGCCGCUAUAGAGAGGAGAUAUUUGAAACCACCGUUAGGUGUUUGCACGGGAGAUCCAAACUUAGCGGCUUUAAAGGCAGAACAAGCAGCUGCUGCAAAUGCGAAUUCGAAUAAUUCGGAUCAGAGCAAUCAGACCCCAGUACCUCAAGAAGAAACAACACCAAGAGGGCUAAACAACUGGCGAGAGGCAACAGCUCGAGCACAUACAUCCGCUCAGCUGGCCAUGGCACUUUAUAUGUUGGAGGCUAGCAUCGCUUGGGACAAGAGCAUCAUGAAGGCUGUGAGUCUAACACCAGCUAGAAACUCGGUCUGCGUCAAGCUACGAAACCGCUGCGUCUCACUCAAAGCUACCACUCAAUACAAUCAGCUAUUGACUACUUCUCAGGCCUCUAAUUGUCAAUUUUGUCAUAGCGGAGAUAACGAAGACAAAUUAUUACUGUGUGAUGGUUGUGACCGCGGCUAUCAUACUUAUUGUUUCCGUCCAAAAAUGGAAAACAUUCCUGAUGGUGACUGGUAUUGUCACGAAUGCAUGAAUAAAGCAACAGGGGAACGAAACUGUUUGGUAUGUGGAAAGAGAGUUGGUAAAAACUUAGUAUUGUGUGAACUCUGUCCAAGGGCUUAUCACACUGACUGCCACAAUCCUGUUAUGCCAAAAAUGCCAAGGGGAAAAUGGUAUUGUUCUAAUUGCCACAGUAAACAACCAAAGAAGAGAAAUAGUAGUCGAAGGAGUCAUACCAAAGGGGGAGGCACCAGAGAAAGUGAAAGUUCUGAUCAUCCACCAGCUAGUCCAACGCCGUCAACGGCAUCGAACACACACGUAGAGGACGUCAGUUCAUCGGAACCAGCAACCCCAACUGCCUCACCACGGAAGGAGGGAAACAAUAGGACGCUCACGAAGAAACAACAACGAGAGUUGGCUCCUUGUAAGGUGCUACUCGAACAGUUGGAGCAACAGGACGAGGCCUGGCCGUUCCUCUUGCCGGUGAACACCAAACAGUUUCCUACCUACAAGAAAAUUAUUAAAACACCCAUGGAUCUCAGUACUAUUAAGAAGAAAUUGCAGGAUUCCGUGUACAAGUCUCGCGAUGAGUUUUGCGCCGAUGUCAGACAGAUGUUCAUCAACUGCGAGGUAUUCAACGAGGACGACAGUCCCGUGGGGAAGGCCGGACAUGGGAUGCGCAGUUUCUUCGAAAUGCGUUGGACCGAGAUUACUGGCGCACCACCUCCACACCCGCAAACGCAUAGCUGAGGCUCGGUUCGCUCUCGCAACACCUGCAACAGUUUUGCCCACUUCUACUACUAGAGGGUAAAACCCUCAAGAGUAUCAUUAGGAGUAUCAUCGAAGAGAUUAAUCGCGAGACCUGUUUUCUCUGUGCUCUGUCGGCCUCGUUCUAGCGGUCGAUUGAACAACUUUAAUUCUAAUAGAGAAAAAAAUAAUAAUAAAACUCCACGAAUGCGGGUACAUCUUCGUGCGCGUCGCGUUACGUGCGUGUUCUAUUCGCCUCUGAUCUUUUAUUCGUUAUUCGCCCGUAAUCGACGCUCGCGUGGGCGCUUCUCGCAUUCUAACCAUACAUAUACUUUAAUGCUCGAAAAUAAUCUAAUGGUGGCGAACGUUUUUAACGGCCCGUACUUCUCUCUGUAGCAUCAACGAUGAACUUAAAAAACGCGAUGUUACAAGAAUUCUAUAUUCGUCGAGACGCUUCUGCCGAACAAAACAAAACUCAAGUUGCGUUUAACGAACCUCAUAAGGAUUGUAAGUAGGAUAAAUAAGAGAAGCUUUAUCGAGGCCAGAAGCCGUAACAGAGAUUUUACGUAUACAAUUACGUUUUGUGAUUUGGAGCUUUUUAAAAUCGACGCGACUAAAAUAUCCAUAUGUGGGAUACUCUAUCGAAGCCUCCAACCCGACCUUCUCCUCGAGUAGAAAUGAAAUGCAAUGCAGAUGGUCACUGUACUUACCAAGUAAAACAAGUAAAUUUUGCCUAAGCGAACAAGAUGUAAUUUGCGAUUGUAUUAUACAGGCUUAGUGCCGGCAAAAGAAAUAUUUUGCAAAGUAAUGAAUGUGAAAAGAAGAGGUAUAUAAAUAAAUAUAAAUAUAUAUGUAUAAAUAUGAAUAUAGUGUAUAUGUAUACUAUAUAGAUAGUCACAUCACAUGAAACAUGUAAAACACACGUAACACCUCUGCCCACGAAAACAUCAGCACGAUAAGGGUAACAUUUGCUGUAGAGUAAGAUAUGCAACAUGACGACGAAGUCAAUCUUCCAAUUAAGGACAUAAUUUAUGCCAUUCCACGGAUUUUGUCUCUAAUUUUUAUUGAUUUGUUUUUUAUUUUAAAUAUUUUUUGACUCGUACAUGGUUAUUGAUUAAAUGAUUACAUGCAAAUAUAAUAAUUUAAUAACUCGAUGUGAAUUUUGACAAGAGAAAUGUGAAUCUUUAUUUACAUUAAAAGAAAUUUUAAAUAAUUUGCAAAAAAGAAAAUUAAACUUUAAAUAAAUAAAAUACGUAUUUGAAAAUGUAUAAAAUCAAAUACAAUUUUUGUUUUUUAAUAACUAUGUUUUAAAAAAUCAAUUUAGCAUAUCCUAAAUCAAUACUGCAAUUACUCAACUAAUAUCAUUCGAAUUCGAAAUAUCAUAUUUAAAAGCAAUAUAUAUUAAAGUUCUAUUUAUUUUAAUGAACGAGUAAUUGUAUACGUUGAAUGGCACGUUACUUUUAACAAAGAAAGAAUGAAAUUAUAAAUUUUAAAGCAAGCAAUGAACGAUCGUGUUUUUCCGUUUUUUUUUUUUUUUUUUUUUUUUUUUUCUUCCUUUUUCUUUUUUUUUUUUAAAUUAAAGCAAUUUUAAAUUCCUACAUGAUGCAUAGCAUUAUUAUGAAAUGUAAGCGUCGUUGAAUUUUAUCCGCGUCGAGUUCCAAACAGGACCUCGUUUAAUUGUUCGUAAUAAUACGUCAGUUUUUUAAGCGACAUAUUCGAUUUUUCGAUAGGAUUAUAAUAAUGUAAUAUCUCACAUGCAGUGUACCCGGGAUGAUGAACAACAACCCAAACACGUUUCGAAAUGAAUAUCGUGCGUCAGAGCGUUGUAAGAACCUACUACGUAUGAAUGAUGGUGUCGGUAGUAAGUUUUGAAUUAAUUAAUAAACCGCGGUACCUUCGCAAAUGUGACCAUCGCGUGACGUUGAGACGAUUAACACAAUGAUAUCUUGUUUUUUAUGUAAUUGAUGUACAUUAUUGCUCGUAAUAGCGGAUAGUUAUGUAAUAACGAAGGUUAAAGAAAAGAGAAAUAGAGAGAGAGAGAGAAGAGAGAGAGAGAGAGAGAGAGAGACGUAAGUAAGAAAAAGAGAGAGAGAGUUGGUUCGGCCGUAGUGAUAUGUGCUAAACAUUCGUAGUAUGUAAAAGUAUUAGCUAGAUUAUAAAAUGCCGUGUGAAAACGAUUACAAUGUGAAAGAUGAUUAAAAAAAAAAAUAUGCGAGAUGCAAUUGGAUACGCAAAAUGGAUGUAUUAACAUCCUGAUAUAAUCUAAGAACGAUUGAUACCGGUAAGAUCGUAAUGAAUAAAUCGCGCGUUUUUUUAUUAUUGAUUUCUUCAUUUGCAAAUACUACAAAUAUAUGUGAAAAUUUAUAGUUUUUUUGUUAAUUUUAUAUUUCUAUAAAUCAUCAACAUACGCUUUUUAUUUUUUAAAACAAUCGUUAUUUUUCAUAAUGGUAAAUGAUAAAAAAACAUAUGAUAUAUUAUGUAAUUUGAUAUGUGAGCGCAAUGUCGGGGCAUUUCGCGAUCUUACCGAAGUUCUUAGGAUAUAAAUCGACAUAAAUGUAUGCAUAAAUACAUGUGUCAUUUUAUGCACGCCUUGCAUCCUCGUAUUAUACUCGAUGCAUUAAACAUCUCAUACAUUCAAACACACUACCACCAACAACAAGAACAAAUAAUUUUUUAAGAUUCAAUUAUUAUUUAAAUAGUACAGUUACAUUGUUAGUAUGAAUAACGACGCUUUUUAUACGAAUUUUAGUUUUUAACGUCGAUCUUAUGAUAUAUUAUAUGGUAUAAUGAUAAUGACAAUGGUAAUAACAAUAACGAUAAAUGAUAUCGAUAAUGGAACAGAUUAAAGAGAAAUGAGAAACAGCGCAAAUGAGAAAAAGAAUACGAAGAAAGAACGGAAGAGCGAGAGAAUGAGAGUGUACGAAAGAUUAUCGAAAGACAAAAAGAGUGUGUGUUUAAGUUAGAUGAUUGUCUAUAGUAUAAACGAAGGCAUACGUUAGGUAGCCUUGAUGCUAUUUAAACAGACUUAAUUAAUGUAUUGCAAAUGAAUUAAUAAAGUGUAAGCGAAGCGUGUAUCUGUA